AUGUCGAACUUCAUCAACCCCACCACCAACACCACACCCGUUCUCUACAACACCGCCGCUUCCCCGGUCGGCACUGCGCCCUUGGCCGCCAGGCCGGGAGCUCCCCUCAUGUCCGGCGCUCCCGUGCUCUCCAACCCUGCCACGCCUUUGGCUGGCGCUCCGCUCAUGCAUGCCGCCAUGCUGCCUGGAACUGGUGACAGACACUUGUCCAGGAAGGAGCGCAAGGCCCUCAAGCGCCAGAACAAGGCCCUCAAGCAUGGCCACGGCCUCACCAGCUCCGGCCUGAUGCGUGGCGGAGCGACGAACGUGGUGGAAAACCAGCCCAUCGUCGAGCGCGAGGUCAUCGUCGAGAGGGUGGUCGAAGUGAGGCGCGAGCACCACGUACAGCCGGUCAUCCACGAGAGGCAGCACCAGAUCCAGCCCGUCCUCCGCACUGAAGUCACCACCGAGCGUAGGGAUCUCUUCAAUGACCGCAACGUGAUGAUGCCGGAGAUGGUUGAACAGCCGCGCCUCGCGUCCACAGGCCUGACCAUGGCCGACCAGAGAGGCGUCAUGCCCGGCGCCACCAACACCACCGCAAUGCACCACGCGACGAUCGGCCAGAAGAUCAAGGGCACCGUGAAGGAGGUGCAGGGCUCGCUCACGCACAACCCGAUGAAGAAGGAGGAGGGCCGCCUGCUCAAGCAGGGCAUCGAGCCCACCACCGCCGCUGGCAUGGGCACCACGCCCGGCAUGAUGGGCAACACCGGCACUGCCACUAGCUUCUAA